AUGGAACUAUCAAAGUCCGGUUCGAGAAACAUACCCGAUGAAAAGAGUUUAGCUUCCACCAAGGUUCACACAAGCAAGUCCGGUUCUCGAACCAUCCUCGGUGAAAGAAAGUUUCCUUCUCCAGAAGACGAUGCAAUCAUGUCCGAUGGAAACUACACUCAUGACACAAAUAUCUAUCGCCCAUAUUGUGGGCUUGCGCCUAGAGUUGAAGCUGAGGAGUUCCCAGAGGAUGACACGAUCCUGUCCGAUGAGAACUAUACAGAUGCAGAUCAUACCAGUGACACAACCAUCCGCCGUCCAUAUAUUGGUCUCGCACUUGAAGCCCCAGCUCCCCAGAGAAGAUAUGUACCAGCUCCACGUCGUCAUCAAGGAGUUCUUGAUCCCAAAUACGUUGCAGAAGACGCUGCUUUCUUUGCUCGAGCAAAUAGACAGUACCACCAGAAGAUCCAAGAGGUCGUACGCGAGGAUGAAAUGAAAAAUAAGGAAGAUAUGUCUGCAACUGUGGAUAAGUGGAAGUCAACCUUGACUGCAAAGACCAAGGCGGCUCCCGAUGUCUCCAAGGACCCUAACUUCAUCGACGUUUUCUGGGACGGUGAAAGAAAUGAAGCUUGUUGA